AUUGGAUCGGUGUGUCGAACGGUACGAAGAACGAGCUUAGAGGCAGGCAGGCAUGCAGGCAGGCAUGCAGGCAAGCAGACUGGCGGGCAGACAAGACAGGACAGGCCAGGGUAGGCCGGGCCAAGCAGGCAGGCAAGCAAGCAAGCAAGCAAGCAAGCAAGCAGGCAGGCAGGCAAGCAAGCAAGCAAGCAGGCAAGCAACUAACCAACCAAGCAAGCAAGCAAGCAAGCAAGUUAAGCAGGCAGGCAGGCAAGCACAGGAAAAUAGCCGUCGCUGUUGAAAGCCGGGACAGGUUACUCCGGCAGUAAGCAAGUGGCAAGUGUUAGUCGCCCGACAGCACUUGCCACGAAUAGGCAUGCGAUGGUCCCGUUAAGUACCGAUCUUACGCUUACUUGUCGUCACAUCGACUCAAAUCUCGAGCAGUGAAUCAUUUUCGAAUUUAAAAAGUGACAAAGUUUAUAUAUAGAUAAUAUAAAUAGAAAUAUUUCUUGAUGAAAAAUCGUUAAAUUUUAUUUUUCAUAUAACAUAGGAAAAAAAGAACGAGAGAAAGAGAGAGAGUGAGAGAGAGAGAGAGAGAAAGAAAGAAAGAAAGAGAGGGAGUGUCUGUCUGUUAGUUAUUCGCGUGUCCAGUGAUAGACAAAAUAAUGAAUAAGAGGAUAGCAUAUGUCUGCAGGAGUACAGGAACGAGUGAAUGCAUUUGAGCGUGUGCGUGCACGUGCGUGUUCGUCGGAAUAGUGUUUCUGAUCCUGAUCGACCUCGAAGACGCGCGAUCAUCUGCCUUCGAGGACACGAUGCUGAUGCUGACGAUUCGCCUCGCCGUACUUUCGAUCUUCCUUCAACAUUAUGUCGCCGCUAAUUCAAUCAUUUCCGCUAAGGAACAAUGCCGGAGGAGAAUAGCCGAGUGCACGAUGGAUGACGAUAAAAGUGCGCCGGUAUGUGGAAGCGACGGUGUCACGUAUCCUAGUCAGUGUCAGGUCAUUUCGAAGCAGUGCCAGGGUGUAUCUAUCCUAAUUAAACACACCGGACCCUGUCCAGAAAUGCCACCAUGCUUUUCGGCGAGACUAUCGUCACGAGUGGGAUCACGACCGGUUUGCCGGCCAGAUGGUACGUAUGCGCCGGUGCAAUGCCACAUGGAGACCGGGUUUUGCUGGUGCGUAACAUUGCAAGGACGUCCACUGCCGGAUACCUCGGUGAGGCACCAAAGACCGAGAUGCGAGAAACUCGCUUCCAGAUCAGCCGUUGCUACUAGGAGUGGACAGAGAAGACGUUCCUCUAAUUGGAAGGAACGAAGACAGUAUAGCAGUAGACAUCGAAAUACAUGUGAUCGUCUUGAAAAAUCCAAGUUUAAUAAUAAUCUCAUAGAGAAUUUUAGGAUCGAAUAUAAACGAGCGAAUAUAUCAGUGACUGGUGACAAAAACGUGGAACGCGUAUUGUCUUGGAAAUUUGCGACUUUAGACAAAGAUGGAGAUGGUUAUUUGGACAGAGCAGAAUACAAGGAACUUCGAAAGCUUGCUAAAAAAGCAGUUAGACCUAAAAGAUGUGCACGCACGUUCGCCCGAACUUGCGAUCUCAAUCGAGAUCUCAAACUCUCGAGGCAAGAAUGGGGUGCUUGCCUGGCCAACGAUUUCACUCCAGAUCCUCCCGAGGUCCCCGAGGACCAGAGGACACAGGCCACUGAUCAAGUACUCAAAGGUAAUUCCUCGCCUGUACAUUCAAGGCCUACGUUUAACGAUAAUCCAGCCGAUACCAAAGAAGAAAACGAUGCGACUGACUGUAUAUCGGAUAGGCGAUCGGUGUUGGAAGAUCAAAGACAAAAUUCACAAGAAAAAUUUUAUAUACCACAAUGCACACCCGAUGGUAGAUACCAUCGAGUACAAUGUUAUUCCGGUUAUUGUUGGUGCGUUUAUCAAGAUACAGGGAAACCUAUACCUGGAACAUCUUCGAAGGAUAGUACACCAAAUUGUAAUCCAGCACCUACACCUAGCAGACCAAUGAAGGGAUGUCCCGAAUUGAAAAAACAAAUUUUCCUACGAGACUUGAUGGAUUUAAUGCAAAAGAAAAUGAAAGCGUCUAGUACGGAUUCGAGCGAGAUAACAGCCAACUGGCAGGCUUCCAAAGAAGAACAAGUAGCCACAUGGCACUUUGUAAUGCUCGAUAAAAACAAGAAUAAGAUUUUAGAAAGAAAAGAAUGGAAGAGUUUUCGCAUCAUGGUCUCCAACAAUAGGUUGCUUCGUAAAUGUGGUAAAAAAUUGCCUAGGUAUUGUGAUAUUAAUAAUGACAGAAGAAUCAGUAUGACGGAAUGGUUGAGCUGCCUGAAUGCUCAACAUUCGGUAACAUCUGAAAAUCCGGAAAAAUCAUCUACAAGCAAGCCAAAGAGGAUGGGUCCUAAUCCAUUGGAUCAAUUUCUCAAUGACGACGAUUAAUAGAAACCUUUUGUGAUACAUACUUUAUCAUCUAAUCUAUGCAAUGCAAAAGCAUUGUAAUAAUUUAGUAUUAUUCAGUCAUAGAACUUAUUUGAAAAUGAGAUUGAAAACUUGGAAAAAUCAUUUAUUAAUUUUACCUUGUGCUUUUAUUUCGUAUUUGACGAUAAACAAGAAUUUCAUACAUUUUUCACAUAAUAUUAUCAAUUGCUGGUAAUCUAUCAAUGGGAUAAAGAAUUAUUCUUUAUUUUGCAAUUAUUACUUUAUCCGAGAUAUUCAUUUUAAUUACUUUUAAGGGAUAAUUGAAUGUAAAUCAAAAUAAAAAAACAUUGUAUAUAAAAAUCAAUUGUAAUUUCAAGGAUAAACAACAAUGGUAAAUUUGUGAAUAUAUUUUUGUAUACUUGUCUUAAAAAUAUAGAUACUGUUCGUAAUAUUAUUCUAAUAGUAUCUAGGUACAUAUCCAAGAUCUUCUUUUAUUAUCAUAAAAGAUAAGAUGAACACAGAAACAUCAGAACCGAGAAGAUUCGAACAUUUAUCUCGGUUCAUUAUUAAUAGUCCGACAAUCCGUAUAAUACAGUGAAUCAUACGAGACUUUUUACAAAUACAACAACACGCGAGAUUAUAUAUUAGUACAUCAGAUUAUGGACUGUGAUGAGUCUUAUUGUUAGAGAAUAAAACCAUAAAUUUAAAUAUACUUUAUACAUUUAUAUAGAUCUUUAAACUCCAUCGUUUAACUUAUGUUUGAAUAUGUGUGUGCGUUUUGUUUGGAUAUGAGAGCACAGGUUUAUAUAGAGUAUAUAUAUAAAUAUAAAUACAAAGAAUAAUGCAUUUAUCAGAGCAUAAUUACGUACAAAAGAUAACAAAUUUAUAUGCACACGCUCACGCAUACGUAUAUACACACAUACACACACAAUUUAUACAAUUUUUUCAUUCAAUUUCAUGUAACACUUUUAUAACUUAACAACUUCUUCACAAUUUUAUUCGCAAUUUCACUUGAUAAACACGCAGUGGUAUCGCUAACAUGUAUACAUAUAUUACAUUCUUGUAUAAGUUAUCAUACAUUAUAUUCUUAUGAUGAAAUCAGCAAUUAUAGAAGCGUAACGGUACUAAACACAGGGUGUAAAAUAUAUACAAUGAUGUUAAAUGAUAGACUAAAGGAAGAGAUAGAAGGGAAAAGGAUACUACUAAAGAUACAAACAGGGUUCAGGAAAAACAAAAGUACGAUAGAUAACAUAUAGAUCUAAUAGCAUAUGAUAGAGAAAGAGUUAAACAAGGAAAGAGGAAACUAUUGGCAUUUUUCACAGAUUUAAACAGUGGAGUACUAAGAGAAUUAAUAAGAAAAACAGGAAUAAGAAGAGGAAACGACGAUUGAGAGAACGAAAGAAAUUUACACAGAAAUUAAAAACAAAUUAGAAAUAGGAGAAGUCAGAAAAAUUUUGAAUAAAUGAAGGACGCACAUGAGUCCAAAUCUUUUUACAAUACUGAUUGCAGAGUUAGAAGAAGUAUUGAAGAAAGGACAAAAAAAAGAAUAGCGUGUGUAAAUGAAAAGAUCUACGAUCUAAAUGAAAUAAAAGAAAUAAUGAAAGAGAUUUAAAAGGAAAAAAUUGAAACUGAACGACAAAGAUCGAUAAUGAUAUUGAGAAAAUCAGAAUAUUUACAUAUAGGAAUAAAGAAGUUGAAAGUGUAUUUGAUACAUGACGAAGAAUGUGGUUACAGUCAAAUAAGAGUAGAACUCUUAAGCUAUCGAACGAAGAAAAAAAAGUAGGGACAAUACUGAAAGAAAUGUAUGAUAGAAACAGAA